AUCGUCGUUUCUUUUCACUCCGUUUGGCCCGGAUGAAAAAUUCGGAAAAUCUACGACAGCCGCGCGGUCGAACCGAGCUCCCUUCCGUAUACGUGUACUAGCCGUUCACUGUGCUCUCUGCGCUAUCUUCCCUCUCCACUUUGGAUUCAUCGUCGACUGGCGUUCAAUAAUGCAGCUGCCGCACUAAACGCGGCAAUCCUUGCCGCUGCUGCGAUCAAUUUUAACGAUAAAACCGUACGUCUGUGUUACAUUUGUUUGCGAUUGUUCUAGAACGUUUAUUCGAUAAGUUUUCCUUUCGUUCCCGGUUGCCAAGCGAGGAGUUUCAAUUAAUUUUCCAACAACUGUCACUUCGCCGCGCACCGGUCACCCGCUGCUCAGCGUUCUUCGUUCGCGCUCCCGCGGUCUGCUGUGGUUUCGUUCGAGCGCACGAUCUACCCGAGGAGCUCGGCUGCCGUCGUGCGCGGCGAUUCCAUAUACAUCGCGAAGAGAUUACGCCAGUCGCGGACGCGCCAGUGACACGCCAAUUGCUCGCGGGGCCUCGUUUUCUUCGUCGCGCCCGCGGCACGAGCGACGACUCGACGAGCGAGAGGAGCAGCGCGAUUUACGCGAGCGCGCGAACGAUUGCCCGACUCAUUGUCCCCGUUAUCGCCACUGUUUACAUUGAUCAAUCGAACGCGCCGAGCUGAAAUAGGCUCGUAACCAAUCGGUUUGCGCGCCAAUCGCUCGUAGGUAAUUUUAAACGUCAACGUCUUAUCGGCCAAGCCAAUAAAACAAUGCCGGAGAGAGCGCGGAUUGUAAACAGUGCAGGCGCGUGCGAUUCGUUACGCGUUGUUUCCACGCCCGAACUUUCCUGCUUUGGGGAAUCACCUCCGGCUGGCGGCGAGCUUAAAUGGCCGCUUAUCGCUCGGCAGAUCACUCGGUCGAGUCGCUGCCGUGCGCGUCGUUCCGCGAGAUCGAGCAGCCGAGUUUCGACGGAGUUGCGGAGGCGCGUCGAUCGUCGACCCGUUCGUCCGGCGCGGCGCUUCGGAGCACCGAGCUUCUCAAAACGGACGACGACGUCGGCAAGUGUCUCGAAGCGACGGACGGACGCGUCCACGUCCAAUGGAACGCGCGGAGAAAGAGAAACGAGUUGUUAUCGCGCGUCGGGGGUCAGCGGUCCUCUCGCGACGCGCGAUAACGCCGGUGGUCGCGCCUUAUCUGCCAGCCUUACCAGCCUGACGCGGAGAUUCGUCCGACGACGACGCCGCCGCGCUCUUCCGGAAUUGUCGUAUCGGGGGACGUCGCGCGUGGCGCGAUCGCGCGCGCGAAUCCUGCCUUUGCCUUGCCCGGCGCCGAUUCAUCGUGAAUCGGCAUAUCGACUCGCGGAUCGGCGACGUAUUUCGAGAAGUGAGAAGCGGCUGGGGAAAUUCCCGGGGAUUACGCCGCGCUCGUUCGUUCGUUGUCCUCGCGCGAGUUUUAUCGCACCGUCAUAGGUCAUAACGAACGACGCGCUUAUUCGAAUGAAUUUCCAUUGAUAAUUUUUUUUCUUCUCGUGCGUAUUUGUUCGUAGCCGCGUUGAAGCGAAGAAAUGUUACGAGCGAUUACGUAAUCUAUAUGUUACUGUGCUGGCAUAAUGUUCGUUCUCGAAUUUACUUCGCAGUAAAGAAUGCAGGUCACGUGCUCGUCACUCGGCGCACUUUUGCUGCUGUUACCAAUGGUCAGCUGUGCGUCGAGUCCGUCGUCUCCGAGCUACAUUGGCGCAGUAGUUGAGUAUCGACCAGUGACCGAGGGUCGGGAUGGCCUCGAGGUUGCAGCGCAAAAUGCUAAUCAUCUUCGGACAAUCGUCAAGAAAGCAUCCGAAUCCAGUGCGGACAUCAUUGUGUUCCCGGAAGUUGGUCUGAGUAGUUUCCCAGCAAAUCUGACGGGUUGGUCCACUGCGCGAAUCCGCGAGCAUUACUACCACAUGGCUUCCUACUUGCCGGAUUCGCGAGACCAGGUCGUUUUAUGCGGCUCCAGUGGCAAUUACACGCAGGCUUUGAAAAGCGUAUCCUGCGCGGCCAGAGCAUUCGGCAUCUACGUGGUCGUCAAUCACUACGAGAAAGUCGAUUGCCGAGCGGAACAACCGAACUGCGCCGGCGACGGCUUCCUCAUCUACAACACCAACGUGGUGUUCGACAGACAAGGUAGGCUGAUCGCGCGCUAUCGCAAGUACAACCUGUUCUUCGAGCCGGGCGUCAACGUCACUGCCGCCGCGGAGAUAUCCAUUUUCGACACCGACUUCGGCGUGAGGUUCGGGCAAAUCAUUUGCAACGACAUCCUCUACGGCGAGCCCGCCCUCGAGCUCGCGAGCAAGCACGGCAAGGACGUCGUGUUCUCGGCCGAGUGGUUUUCCGAGUUGCCAUUCCUUACGUCGGUGCAGGCGCAUUCCGCUUGGGCGUACGCGAACGACGUUAAUCUGCUGAGCUCUGGCUUCAACGAGCCUGCGAUUACUAACGGAGGGAGUGGCAUAUACUUAGGGCGGGCCGGUAUAUCGAGAGCAACGAUUCCGAACGUGGCUUCUAAUGUUCUCAUCGUAACUGAAAUUCCAAAAGUCAUCAAUGGUCAACGCCAGCCCCUUUCCAAUCUGACGAGACCGAAAGCUUACGCAUUUUCACAGUCGGAAGUUCCAACGGUGUGGGAUAACGUCAAGGACUUCAUGUACAAGGAUGAUUUUAGGACUUACACUACGGAGCUCGUCGACCCAAAGCAACUUUUGCACGAGAGGAAACUAUGUAACCGUGGUCUUUGCUGUGAUUUUAAGAUCGAUGUGAGUUUCAAUGAUAACCUUGCAAAGCAGUCUGGAAAGGAUUACUACAGAUACAGAAUUGGCGUAUUCAAUGGGACGCGACUUUUUGCUGGACUGUUCACCGUUGGAAUCCAAGUCUGUGGUUUGUUCUUCUGUCGUGACGAUACUUUAGCGAGCUGUGGCGAUCGCUUCAGUCCCAACUCGAGCGUCAUUAAUCCGACGGUCUUCCACAAAAUAGAAAUAAAACAGAUAGUCAGCGAUCGCAGCGAGUAUCGAAAGACAUUUUAUUUGCCAAUGACGUUGACGGCCAACCUCAUGCCAGUCGAUUACUCAAAAAUCAAAUAUCAAAAUUAUUUGAGUGAGAUUGAUGGAACCGCAAGAAAGUUAUCUCUGAGGGAAAGCGAAAGCCAGCUAAUGGCUUUUGCAAUUUAUGGAAGGAAUUUGGCAAAUGACGGAGCUAAUCUCACUAAGCCUUGAUAUAUUACU